AAAGAGAACAUGUUAAUGAAGUUGAAGUUACUGUUGGGAAAGAGUUUAAUUUUGGGAUCUUGGUCGCAGCAGAGGCACAUAGAAUUCAACCUGGGGCGAUUAGGGCAACUAUUAAGUCAGGUGGAAAAGUCAUUACCACAACCUACAAUAGGAUAUGUGAUGAUAUUAAAGAAAAG